AUGGAACAAUCCAAGUUCACUGGAUGCUGGGUUCUUUCUGAGAAUAGGUAAACCUUAUACAGUACUCUCUCUAUAUAAGCAACCCGAAGGGACCGACGUUUUGUGUUUACUAUAGGGGGUGUUGUCUUUACCGGGUGAUUGUUUAGUGCAAAUUGACCUGGCGGAGCUAAAUUUCUUGUUUACUAUAAGGAGAGUUGCUUAUACAGGUGGUUCACUAUAUAGAGAGACCAUUGUCUAAGGAGAGCUUAUGAAAAAGUUCCAUUGUAUUAAUUACAAUAUGCUUUAAAUUUUAAACGUUUGUGUAGUUGAAACUGCGUCUGUUUUUUAAAUUUUUAGAUAAAUGUCAAAAAACUCCUUAAAUUCGCAGAUUUAUAUCUGAAACUUUUUGUCAGUUUUGAGACCGGCUCUGAAAGUGGUUUAAUUUUUUUUUCAAAUGUUUUUUAAAAGUUUUAUUAAUUAAAUUAAAAAAGUUCUUUAAAGUUUGAUUUUUCAAAUUAAAUUUUUUAAGCCGAAAUACUAGUGGUUUUCGUUCAAUUAAGUUACGACUUACAGUGGCAUUUUUGUAUAACGAAUUUUUUGAGGUUUUUAAAUUUUGUAAAAUUUUUAUGAUUUUUGGCAAAUUUUAAUUUUUUUCAAGCAUAAUAAAAAAAAAGUUGUUAACAGAUAAAAUGAAUGUCUUAUAGUGGCAAACGAUUCAAAAAAAGUCCCAUUCCAUUCUGACAUGUAGUACAAAAGUUAUAAAAAAAAGUUUCAAUCCUACCGUAAUCCUACCGUAACUCGAAUUUUGAAACUUUCUUCACAUUUUUGCAUUUUUAUGCUCAAGUACUACCUUUUAUCAAGAAAUGAGCGGUUUUCAAAUAGUUUGAAAUUUUUCGUUGCCCCUGUCUGACCGAUGUUCGAUCCUUAGACGAACCUUGUUUUAAAGUUUGUGCGAAAGUAAGAGGAGUUUCUAAUAGGGAGGUUUGUUAUAAGAGGUUUUAAAUAAACUAUGGAGUGUUUGUCGGGGAUUUGAAGGCUGUUUGUUAUACAAGAUUUUUUUAGAAAGAAGUUUGGUGUAGAGGAGCUUGUUCGAGAGGAGUUUGUUACAGAGGAGUUCGUUAUAGAAAAGUUCGUUAUACCGCAGUUCCACUGCAACUUGUUAAUACAUCUUUAUUAAACUAAAACCAGGUUAAUGGAAGCAUUUCGAAAACUAAAACUCAUCACAUUAGCCAUAAGUUUUAGCAUCUUGAUUUGGUUCGUUUACACUGUAAGUUUUUUUUAUUUUGUAUUUUAUUAUACUUGUUAUUUUGAUUCUUGUUUUUAAAUUAGGGCAAAAGCAGAGGAAAUCCGGUACCAAACAUUUUCAUUGGUUCGGCACAUCUAGUAGACUAUCAGAAGUAAGUAUUACUAACAAUCGCUUUAUAAAGUAAAAUUGAUGUUGUAGUAUGUAAUAAAAUUGUAAAGUAGCCAGGGCUGGUCGCUCUAAUCCCAUCCCAUAUAAAAAUUUUGAAAAAAGUUGAAUAUGGUCCCCUAAGGGUGAGAAACGGGCCGUCUAGGCCCGGCCCGGCCCUACGAUCAAACCGGGCCGGCCUUGAGCUAAAAUUGAAACGGGCCGGGCCUAAAGGUUAAGCCCGGCCCGCGGGCCGAACUUGAAAAUUGGGCCCGGGCCCAAAAAAAAAGUUUUAAAUUUUAAAAAAUUUUUUAUUUUAAUCCAUGUUGAUGUUUUUUGAUUUUAUUGGGUACCAUGAUACAUAAAUGAUCUAAGAGAACAAUGCAAAGCCAUAUUUCCGUUUAUUUUUUAAGUUUUAAAAUUUUUUAAAACGGGCCGGGCCGGGCCUGAGAGAAAAUUGAAAACGGGCUGGGCCUAAACGUUGGGCCCCGGGCCUAAGCCGGGCCUAAAAAUUGGGCCCGGCCCGGCCCUUUUCUCACCCCUAUGGUCCCCCCUGUAGAUUUUAGGAAAAAAUUUUCCGACCCCCGCCCCCAAACCAAAAGUUCCCGCCCGGCCCUGAAAGUAGCCAAAAUUUAUUUUAAUUUUACUAAGGUACCAUAUAAUUCAGUACCAACACCCCAUGUACGAUUAUUAAGGUAACAUAUUUCAGUACCGCCACCCCAUUCACAGUCAUACUAAACACAAUGUCUGAUGACGCAGGCAGCUUGACAGCUCAAGAUGCCUUACCAUUGUAUUGUCUCAGCGAUAAAAAUGAAAAAGUGAAAACGAGUUUCCGAAAAUCAGACAAGAACAGAUACUGUUCGUGGAAGGAUUAUUACAUACAAUGUGACUUUAAACAGCCCGUUGACAGUAUUCAACUGAUUGAUUCUUACGGAGAUGGAAUUGAAGUGAGUAUGAAAGUAUGGUUUUUCUUUAGUUUAGUCUUAGUUUAGGUGUCAGUCACAAAACCAAUUCAAAAAACGAUUCCGUUGGUGGCGUGCUUAUCGCGGCUUUUCUACUACGACAAUUGGCAAACUGCACUCGUUGUGCUGGAAAUGUACCAUGCUAUGGGAGUGAAUGAGAUGAGCAUUCAUGUUAUUAAUGUCAUACAAGAGAUAUACACAUUGCUCGAGUUUUACAAGAAUGAAAUCAAUUUGAAAAUUCACCCUGGAAUUGUGGCUCCUCAGAUUGUAAGUUCAAUUAUCUUUUGAAUAAUUAAAAACUCGUGGCUCGCAGUAGGCUAGAUUUGAAAGGAAGUCCACUAAAACUAGCUCGGCUAUUUUCUAGCCCAGCCCUGGGUAUAGAAGUGCAAGUACAAACCGCAGCAAAUUUGAAAAGGCAGGACCGGCUAGAAAACGCGAGAGCUGACCAGUAUUCAAUAGGCACGGAAAGGCGAGGCAAGAAAAGGCAAAGCAGAAUAAGGCAGGGUAAGGCAAGAUAGAGUAGAAAAGAGUAGGGUAGGGUAGGGUAGGGUAGGGUAGGGUAGGGUAGGGUAGGGUAGGGUAGGGUAGGGUAAGAUAGAGUAGAAUAGGGUAGGGUAGGGUAGGGUAGGGUAGGGUAGGGUAGGGUAGGGUAGGGUAGUUUUAUAAAUCAACUAAUAACGUUUAAAACUUAGGCAGGACAAGAUCCAAAUAAGAACAACGAAGCCAUGAAUCAGCUUCUCUGCUACAAUGAGUGUUUGUUCAACUAUCGCGAAGCAGCUGAAUUUAUCGUGUUUUCGGAUAUGGACGAAUUGAUAACAUCAGCUGGUGGCAAUUUAUAUGAUACUGUCAAAAGAGCGCAGCUACGAAAUCCGUUGGCGGCUGCCUUUGAAUUUAUGUGGAAAACUUCUAGUUAUGCCAACAGUAAGUCUGACAAAAUUGCUAACACAUCCGUAACUUUUGUAUAACGAAUUCCGUACUUUUUGAAAAAAUUUGUUUACAAAUUAAAGUUUAAUUUUAAUAUUUUAAACAUUUCAUACUUUUUUAGUCAGUUCAUUUUCCGACUUCUCCAUUCCUCGAAUAUUCAACGGUCUUUACAGUAAGCCUUCGGAAACGUACGGCAAAUCAAUUGUGGUGCCAAAGAGAACCGACUGGACGCGUAUUCAUCACUUUCACAAUGUUGAAUACAAAGGGAAGGUAG